GGAAGCUAGUGGCCAUGUCUGAAAGUCAGGUGCACCGACAUGGAUAAACAAGAUAAAUACAGUUUUUGUAUAAAGGGCGUAGUCUCAGUUCACUCUCUCUCAUGACAUGUUGAGAACAAUGGCGGUCAGCAUGGCUGACUCUGUAGCUGCACUGUAUCUCAUGUUACUACUUAAAACAGCGGCUAGCUAGCGUCAAUGUGCCAUUUCCUCUUUUUAUAUAACACUCGAGGCUGUCUGGGCUUGUUGAAAGAUCUAAAAACUAAGAGCUUGUAUCUCAACUGACAGAAGACUAUAGAAAGGACGGGCCACCGGGACUUAAACCAUUCCCAGUAUAGACUGAUCGAUUGCUUGACCAAUCGGAAGAUGAACUAACCAUCAAACUUUCACCUCCCUCCUAUCAGCCACCUGUCGGGCCCUCAGGCAGCAGGUGUGAUGCUGGGCGGUAGGCAAAACACGCGGCAUCCGCUAUGGCACCUCCUGUCUCCGUUCCGCAGCCAGCGGGAGCGCAUGGUGCUGACCCGCAGCGACAGCCUGCCGGGGGAGCAGCUGCUGAAGAUCACCAUCACAGAGACCACGGUGAUCGAGACGGAGUCAGGGGUCUGGAACUGGCGCUCCAUGACCUACCUGGGCCUCUGGUACUUCUUCAGCUUCUGCACCCUUUUCCUCAACAAGUACAUCCUGUCACUGCUGGAUGGGGAGCCAAGCAUGCUGGGUGCUGUUCAGAUGCUCUCCACCACCAUCAUAGGCUUCCUAAAGAUGUUUGUACCCUGUUGCCUUUACCAGCACAAGUCCAGAACAGAGUACCCCUCCAACUUCAUCAUGAUCAUGUUGUUUGUUGGACUCAUGAGGUUCACCACUGUGGUUCUGGGCUUGGUGAGCCUGAAGAAUGUGGCGGUGUCUUUUGCAGAGACCGUGAAGAGCUCGGCUCCCAUCUUCACUGUGAUCAUGUCCAGGCUGAUCCUCGGGGAGUACACAGGGCUGUGGGUGAACCUGUCCCUGUUCCCCAUCAUGGCGGGCCUGGCUCUCUGCACAGCCACGGAGAUGAGUUUCAACAUGAUUGGCUUCUCCGCUGCGCUCUCCACCAACAUCAUGGACUGUUUGCAGAACGUAUUCUCCAAAAAGCUGCUAAGUGGAGACGGAUACAAGUUCAGCCCUCCGGAGCUGCAGUUUUAUACCAGUGCCGCAGCAGUCAUCAUGCUUAUACCUGCCUGGCUUUUUGUCUUGGACAUCCCAGUGAUCGGGAAGAGUGGCCGAAGCUUAGUCAUCACUCAGGACGUUGUCCUGUUGCUGCUUUUUGACGGCGCCCUGUUCCACCUGCAGAGUGUCACCGCCUACGCGCUCAUGGGACGGAUUUCCCCUGUUACCUUCAGUGUUGCCAGUAGUGUGAAACACGCCCUGUCGGUGUGGCUGAGCAUCAUCGUGUUCAGCAACCACAUCACCAUCCUCAGCGCCGCCGGCACCGGCCUGGUGUUCCUGGGGGUCUUCUUGUACAACAAGACCAGGCAGAUCCAGAGGACCACCUUACGGGCCCUGGCUGCCGAGCAGAACCAAAAAACUCUUCUGCAGGAACAGAUCUCCCCCUCCCCUCAGUCACACUGACGACUCAGCACUAAAGACUGAAAAUGCUGCCUGAACAUUGGAUCAAGGUAUUUAAACAAAGAUUCUGUUUGUGGCUGACCAGACGGGUGUAUGGGAUAUUUCUUCAUUGUGCGUGCACAUAUUCCACAUAAAGAGGACUACUUAUGAUCCGUUUUAAAUGUCUUACCCCUAAAAUCUGAAUUUGUAUAUGAAUGACUAUUCCCGUUUUAACUUGAAUUCUUGAAGAAAAUGAAUGUAUUCUUGCACGCCUCCACGGUGAACCAAGAAUGAAAAAACAGGCAACAUCUGUGAUGAAUUGAAUUAAAUGGCGGCCGCGUUUAACGACAGCAACAUGAUAUCACAUUUGUUUACAAACUUCCAACCAUCUCAUGCAGUAUAAUACAGUUUUUGUUUAUCUGAUCAAAUGCUCAGUUCUUUACAAGAACAUGCAUUUAAGCUAAAAUCUUACUUUUAAAACACUUGCCUAUAAACAUCACACUUUCACAGGCCAAAGUGCUUACAUAGUAACGUUUUAUGAAAAAUGUGAGUGUUCAGGAAAAUGUUGGCAUACGACUGGAGAAAUGAAACUCAAAUUCUUGCAAAUGCUGUUUUAAAUGUCAUGAAAAGUUGUUUGGAUAUAGUUUUGCCUUAACGCGGCCCUCCUCUCCUUCCAUUCAUCAAGAACCAGUUUUUAGUUUUUUCCAUUCACCAUGGAGGCAUACGAGAGAAACAGGUCGGUGUUUGUUUGACAAAUCCUUCCCUUUUCCUGUGCAACCGUAUAGACAGUAUUUCUUUAUCCCUAGCUAGAUGAUGUGCUUACACUUACACAUCCUUGGCUUUGUCUUAUAUGGGUCAGUUAAAGGGGAAGCUCAGGGUGUCCUUCAGCUGAAUGAAGGAAGUGACUUCUGUAAGAUCUCUGUCUUACAUCUGCAUUCCUGAGUGUUUCUCUCUAUCUGUGGUACAGCAGCUGCUGCUGAAUGUAUGCUGUUGUGAAUAUCUGUAAAGCAUUGAAGCUGUAAGAAUAUAAUUCUGUGGUGGUGUAAGCGACACUGUAUCAUACCUGUGUGAACAAUCUGAAUAUGAGAUCAUAAGGUUGCCUGAUACGAGGUCAGUCUUGCCUUAUGACACACUUUUUAUUUAACAAUGUGUGAAAUAUUUUAAAGCCACAUACUGCAUUCUUCCUGCAUCAUGUACAUUGAUGGUGUAUGUAGAAGUUUGUGUACUUUUCUUUUUCUUUGUAAACUGACUUUCCCCCAAUGCUUUCUGGGAUAGCAACCUUGACAACCUUAGGAAAAAAAGAGCCUUUGACAUAAUGGAUUGAUGAGCUGUUGUAAAUGUCGCAUUCAUAAUCUCCAUGAAACAACUUGGGUUUUAUUUUUGUUGUCCUGCCUAUCAGAUAAUGUCUAGAAUUGUUGGGAUUAGAAGGGACACUGUAAAGCUAUUACGCAAUCCGUCUGUUAACUAUCCAUCGAAGUUAACAGACCAACUCCCUGAUUCAACCAUGACCCACUGUAGUUGUUUGCCCUGUUGUGCAAUGAAGGAUUAUUAUUAGCGAUAACACAGUCACGGUUUGCUUUUCUGUCCUCAUUGGAUCUAUUAAAAGCCAUAUCACUGUGUUCCCAGAUGUCAGUUAACUAUGUCGUUAUUACAAAUAGCACAAGAUAUGGCCUGAACAAAAAUCAAACCCAACUUUUUGUCCCCUACCAAGUGGUGUUGGGUUCUGGCUUCUCGUCUGUGUUUUGGUAAGACAAAUCCCUAUAUGAGAUCAUAAGGUUUCCUGAUAUGACUGUCAGUCUGGCAGUUACACGGUUUGAGCAUUUUCAUUAUGCUCUACUUUUGUGCCUCAAGAAACUGUCUUUUUUUUCUUUUUCUGAUGUGUUGUGCUAAGGCAUCCGUUCUUAAUUUUUACUAUAAAGGUUAUCUGACUUGAACACA